AGAAAUAAGAAACUGUUAGUUGAAACCAGUGAAAUAAUUAAUUAACUAGUGGAUGUAAGGUUUGUUGAAACUUUAUUAAAAACCUUGUUGAGUGGUUUUAUAUUUGGAAAAGUGCCCUGACCGGUUAAAAAAAACAAAUGAAGAUUAUCUUAAUGUUUACAUAUAGCAGGUUAUGUGUUUUCUCGCAGUAAUGCAGUAACAAUAAGUUAAUAAUAAUUUGUGUAAUAUAAGUGUAGAAAAAUGUCAAGUAAUUCGUCUCAGAGAUUGACGUUAACCGAAUUGGUUACGUUUGUAAACGAGAUUAAGGAUUUAAGCUCUGAUGAUUUCCAAACCGCGUUUCAUCGGGUUGCUGUAGAAUUUGAACAUUGUUGUAAAUCGUUUGAUAAUGUAUCGUUGAUCAAUACGUUAGUGGAAUGUACGAAAUCGUACAUAAACUUGAUCUCGCUGUAUUUAACGCACAUGGAUGGCGAUAUGAUCUCGAAAAAAGUGGCGGUUUCAACGUAUAUGAUCGUGUUCAAUACUUUAAAUUCAAAGGAUUGUUUAAAAAAUGUAUUGUUUAAUAAAAUUUCACCGAUAAUUCACGAAAUUCUCUGCGAUCCAGACUUAACAGAAUUUGUCGGUAUGGAAGUUUUGCAAUUUUAUAAUAAUCUAGCUCGGAAUACGGAUAAAACGAUUCGAGAGAAAAUAGGAGAUUCAUAUACGUUUUAUAUAUUCAAACUUGUUGAUAUUUUGACUGCAUCUAAUUCUUAUGAAUAUCAAGUAUUAAUUCUAGAAAAUUUAUUUCUGGUGUGUACCGAACAAAAACUUAUGAAUUUGUCAAACGAUAUGUUUCCGGAUGCAGAGUCAUUACAAUAUGGUCUAAAAAACUUUGAUAUGAAACAUUUCAAUUAUUCGGCACGCACAUUUCUUAAUAUAACUAAUCAAAUUUAUGAAAGAGUUUUAUCGGUAAUCGUCGAUGCCAUUGAUAUUGAUGGAAAUCCAAUUUACGGACCAGUGGACACAAGAUACCAACGUCAACCAUUGUGGGUUGAUUUCAAUAAAUAUUCAAUUUCAAUUUAUUGUGAACAAAAAUCGACAGUAUUUUCUCAACAACAUGGAAAUAAUAUGAUGUGGGAACUUAUUACAGUCUUUUAUGAUGAUAUAGACGAUCAUGCUCAUUUUAAGUCUGCAAACGUUAAUAGUACCCUUGUAUUUAAAAUAUUCUUAAAAGACAAAGUGGACGUUAUUUUUUACUCUACACGGAAGGAAGAAAAAUGCAAAGUUGUUUCGAUGGUGAUUAAUAAUAGCAAGACAUUUGAAGGAAUAAUGAAUACGAUUAUAUCGAGGAUAAAUGUAUUCAAAAAUAUACAAUCACACAAGGGUCUCCCCACUACCGAAUUUGAUGAAACAAUGUCUACAAUCGCUAAUCGAACUCAAUCGUUUAAAUCAUUAAAUGAAAUGUAUCAAUUUUCUUCUCCUACCUCCUCUUUAACAGUACAAAGUCCAUCACAAGAUUACACACGUUUACUUAGUAAUCAAGUAGCAGCCGAUAGUACUGUUGAUGAUGAUUAUUUAACCAAUAUCAAUCAGAGGCAUCCAUCAAACAUUCUUCAGUGUACAUCGUUUAUUAAACAUGUAUCGAUUGCUCAAGGGUUGAGUGGUAGAGAGGAACUUGAUUCCUAA